AAGCAUGGUAGACGUACUGAUAAUAUUUCCAUACUGAUCUUUAUGCUGCAUGGUCCGUAACGAACCCAGCGUCGACUGCUCGAGAGCAACCAAAUCUGGGGAAACGAGUCAGUUUGUAUGCUUGUGGGAAGUAAAUGUUGCAAAUUGAAGGCAGCAUAAUGAGGAUGGAAGGAUUGGGUUGUUUUGUUAUGGCAGACCCGAAAUCCAGGAGUGCAAUAGGCAGAGAGAUAAGGGGUGAGUGUUCCGGAUACGUACUAGGUUGCGCUUCGCUCAUAGCAACCAUGGGAUCGGCUUUGGAAUGUAGUUGGCGGCGAUGUUUCUCGUCUGAGGAUUCCGAUAUCUGGGGUCUUUUGCUGGAAUUGCUGGACCGUUGCGACCGAUCCGACUUUGCACCCAAACUGAAGCCACGAGAUUGCCUGCCAGGAGGCACGGCCGGCUGGGAGGUCGCCAUUUUAUUUAUCACCCCGUCGACCUUAGCGCCUGAUAACCAACAGCUGGAGCAGGUUUUCGCAGGACGCUGUCUAAGCUAUGGCGCCCGUUGUGGAGCGCAAGCACGAUCCGGUGUGGGAACCGCCAAGGAAUGUAUGAUGAUCGCGCGCGAUGAUUCUCGGGCUUUUUGAGCGUGGUUUCAGAAUGCAGCCAGGAGGCAGCCAACGAAACUAAGCAGCGCAGGCAACGUGGGGUGCUGCUUUUUUGAUGGAUCCACGAGCGGAUAAUCACUUGGAUGUCUGAUGUCUGUCCCAAUAUUCUGGGGAAAGUCUAAAGCACCGAAAAGUGUGGAAAUGUCGCCAAAAGUUGGAAGUAGUAUCAACUCCGCAAUUUGUCUCUACACACAAAGAUCCACGCCGUUUUAAAAGAAUAAUCAAAGUGACACCGAAGGUGGGGAAGUGUGGUAGGCUUGAAGCACAGCUGUAUGUAGUAGUGUAUCGUCCGAUCAAAUC